AUGGGGAAGAACACAUCGUACGAAAAUGGGUUCCUAAUAUUUGAAGAUUACAACUUUGUUACCUACACCAAAAGGCGCGGAAGGAGAGUCGACUGGCACGAAAAAAACAGCCAUUUGCACAAUUUCAAUGUUAGCGCGUAUCUGUAUAAACCCCUCCAAAAUUGCAACCUCAGCCUAGUCAGUAACAGCGCAAACUUAAGGCGAACCACAGAAAAUAAGUUUUUCAAAAGGGUCCAACGAAACAUAAAAUGGCUAAUUAAAUAUAUCAUCAGCAUAAAAAGGAGAGUUAAAAAUAUCUACUUAUUUGUCAAAUUUGUUAGCUCAAAAUGUAUUCUUAAAAUGUCCAGCUUUUACUACUUGAAGUACAUUGUGGAGAAGAUUUACGAAGAGAAGUUAGAAACGUCCGUGCGUGUAGUCUUGCCCGUGUCAGAUUUGCACAAACUUUACACCUUUGUCUAUCACCAGAACUUUUGCUUUAUGAAUUAUUAUGAGGAGUUUCUCUCCAGGAGAGAUGCGCGCCGGUUGAGGCGGUUCUACUGCCCCGUCGUCGUGCUGAACGGCCCCAAUAGGGCCUUAACCCUCCCCUACGAGAGGGUGUACGGUCGGGAUGUGGUAGAGGUGGGCACAAGGGGGGGGCUAAGCGGAAAAAAUUCUCGAAAAGGGGAUAACUCACCAAAAGGGGAAAACCCCCCCAGUGCGAAACAACCCCAGCGCGGAGGUACCACCACCACAAAAACGCACCGGAGAAAAAGCAUAAAAAUAAAGAAGGAGAAAAUAAAAAGGGCCAUAGGAAAAAACUUGCACACAAGCGAUAUAGGCCUCUUCGCAGGAACCUUCGACAAAAUACAUUUUGGGCAUAUACUGCUACUGUUUUACUCCAUUUUUCUAACAAAGAAGUUUUACUACGUUGGGUUAUACAACAAUAAAAAUAUUUAUAACAAAAAAUAUGCACAAGAAAUUGACGACUUGAAGUUAAGGAUUUUCAACAUUUCGGAUAUCCUCUUUUUAAUAAAAAAUGUGUACCACGUAGAAUUUUUCUUUCUCAAUUUUGAGCACGUCAUGCCAUUUAUAAAGAUAAAAAAUUCUCAUAAAAUUUUAUUUCAAAUUAUGAUGAAUCAUAAAAAUGAGUUAUCGGUGGGGCAUCUCCAAGGGGGGUACAAAAAAUGGGAAGCUUCUACCCCUCACUGUGUUGAAGCCACUCCUGUGAGCACCUGCACCACAAAAAGGAGAGACUUAGAAAAGUACCUCUCCCGUAGGAGCACCAAAAGGGGCGCAACCCACUGUAGCGAAAAAACAAAUCAGAGGGUAAACCACAUCUGUACAAAUGAAAUGAAAAAAAAAAUUGAAAAAUAUUUACUUUUUCACGUCGGCAUUGUGAAAGGAAAGAGGUGCAAAGAGAAGGACAACAAAAUUGUCGUGCUGAAGAGAAUCCAUGACCCCUUUUCCUUCGCAGUAGAUAUUAACGAUUUGUACUGCUUAACAAUGUCCAAGGAAUCUGAGGCCAAUGGGUAUAACUUGGUAAACAAAAGAAAAUUACAAAAGGGAAAGGAAGGCGCACAUUCGAAUAAGAGGCCAAGGGGGGGCAGACCCCCCGAACGGAAAUGCGAAAAGUGCAAACAUGUCAACGUAGAACCGAGUGGUGUGAGCACCCUUUUGGAAAAGCCAAGAACAAGUUUAAACAUUUUUGAUACAAUCGAUUUAGGGGAUGGAGAGAAAAUCAGCUCGACAUUAGUCAGGGAGGAAAAUACUUUUUUAAAAAAAAAAAAAUUUGCAAAAUUUUUAGGACACUUCGUAGACGCGUGCGUGUUCUUUCACAUUGACCACUUCCUCAUACAGAUGUACGCCGAUAUCUUUUUGCGCAAAAAUGGCAGGGCCCCUUUUAAGAAGCUCUACAUAAAUAAGGUGAAAAGUUACUUUUGUGAGGGAGAAGGGGGAAAAGGGGGCAAAGGGGACACGCAGGGGAGUUGCAAGAGGGGCGGCAAAAGGAGCGGCCACCAAAGCAGCCGCAACAGCCGCAACAGCCGCCACCAAAGGAACCAUUUUAUUGCCAACGACUUUUUCAGGCACCUAUUCGCCCUGUUGUCCUUCUUCGUCAACCACUUUGCCGAUCUGGAAAACCGCCCGCACGACAAAAUUCACCUGUUUGUCAAAAUCUCCAUCGCGCUUUCCUUCUUUUUUUACAAUAACAUGAUUUUGCUGUUAGUAAAAAGGAAGGAGGUACUAAUAAACCAAAACUUCCGGACCAACCACAAAAAUGUGGAGCAGAGAAUAAGCAUGUUUCACCCGUGUGAUGAAAACGCACUGCGAAUUUACCUGCACAGGGUGGAGGAGCCCCUCCUGGAGGAAGUACUCAACCAGGUUCUCCUUUGGACCCUUUCACUGAUUUCCCUCUCCGUGCUGUGCAAGUUUUACCACUCGGAAAUUCUGCCAAGGGGUAAGUCGGCACGUGAGCGCAAAUCGGCAAAAUGUAGGAAGUCUGCCCAGUUGGGGAACGCAUCGAAGAAAAUGCUAAGCUCAAAGGAAGCAGCCCUUCAUCCAGCAGUGCCCCCGCGUAGCAAUCGUUUUGUGAAGAGGACCCCCCGAUGCAACCCACGUAGGGGCCCAAACAAAUUGAGCAAAAAAGACAACCCACAUGGGGAAGAAAAAGAAAAGUCCGAAAAGCCAACCCGUGGUGCUUCCUCAUUACGCAAAUUGAACUACGCUAGAUACUUUUACAACUAUUCGAAGGACAGGGGGCUGCACAAACGGGGCCCCAUCGUCACGCCGUACACCCUCUUCAACCACGCCUUAACGAGGAGGUUCAAAAUGAGGCACCCCCUACUACGUCACCACCGUGAUAUUGCGCGAGGGGUGGGUUCUUGCGGGGGGGAAGCGACCAUCCCGUGUGGUGACAGACCAGCAGUCAAGAGUGUGCCCGGCGCGUGUGGUUCACACAGCGCAGAUGGGUUACACUGCGCCGAUGGGUCACACUAUGCAGAUGGAUCACACUACGUAGAUGGAUUACACUACGCGGAUGACGCACACUACGCAGAUGUGCCGCACCGUCCGCGAAAGUUGCAUAGCGGGGCUAAUGGAAGCAGCACGUGGGCGAGCAUCGACAAGCCGGAGGGAGACACCCACGCGGAGGAGCGGCAAGAUGAAGUUUUCCACACAGGGGAGCGACCGGACGAUGUUCACCACGCACCGCCACUAAAAAGAGAAAGAGUAAUGGUGAACAAUUUGUAUAAAAUAAAAAUUAGGAGUGAAGAAAACGCCCCCAUUUGGAAUAACCAAAUGAGCGAUAAAGAGAUAGAGAAUUACGUCAGGGGGAAAGACACAGAUGCGAAGAGCUACCACAAUGAAAGGUACACAUGGUUAAUGCAGAUACGUGUAAACAACGAAGAGGAAAGUUUCCUCUUCCGAAAAGUGCUCAUAUAUAAAUUUCUAGACGGCUACUUUAUCUCCUUCUUCUCCUACGUUAUGAAGUACUUGGGAGUGAACGAAUGGGUAAGAGGUACCCACACGGAGUAUAAACAAAUAGAUCAUUUGUUAUUCCUCCUUCUGGUGCACUUUGAGAAGCACAUAGAAAUGGUGGUAAAUAGUUUUCUCAAAAGAACGUGGGAGUUAAAACCGAAGAGAAGGGAAGAAGACCCCUUUGACCCCUACGUCCUCUACCAAAAAAGAUAUUCGCUUAUCCACAGAUACUUAGUUACGAAUUUAUCUGCAGUGAAUAACUACGAAUUGGACUUUGAACGGAAGUAUAAUUUUAAAAAGGGAGACAGCACCUUUGCAGAUACCCCCUUUCACAUUAAGUUAGCAAAUUGGGCAUGUCCCAAAGGGGGUACAUCUGGGAAGGCCCCCAAACUUGCCAACCAUUUGAACGUGCUGACAUUUUAUAACACAAUUUUUCAAAGCAUUUUAACGCACGAGAAUUAUUACUACCCCUUCUUCGCCUCACUCAACUAUUUGCAUUUGGACGGCGUUUGA